CUGAAUGUGGGGUCAGACGUGGAGCGCAGGAACUCACCAGACCAGCCACAGCGUGACGGAGAGCCAGCGCAUGUUCCUUGAUCGCAGCAGGUCGCACAUGUUGUGAUUCUUCCUCGGCGCAGACUGGACCUCUUUCUGACGGCGACACGUGGAACAAUAAACACUCCGCCAUUAGUGGGGAUCGAGCCCAGGCCGGGAGGCGCAGGAACAGCAGAGUUUGGAGACUUUGAAUGAUGCGUGAUUAUGAUGAAGAAACCACCUUCCUGGGACAGACCGGUCCUUAUUUCUGGGCCACGUUCUUCCUCCUCAACACGGUUUACGUGUCCACUGGAUUUAACGGGUUGUACAUUGUGUUUGCCGGAGCAGCUCCCAAGCACCACUGCCUCAUUCCGGACGUCAACUUGACGGAAGAGUGGAGGAAGGCCGUCAUUCCCCUCACAGAGGAAAACGGCAAGGCAGUCCAGAGCCAGUGCUGGAGGUAUAAGCUGGACGUGGUGAGGAAUCUCUCCGCAGAAGGCUUAGUGCCCGGCAGGGAUGUCAACCUCACCACUCUGGAGCAGGAGAGAUGCUUGGACGGAUGGAACUACAGUCGAGACAUCUACCAGUCCACCAUUGUCACUGAGUGGGACCUCGUGUGUGACAACCAGUGGAAAGUCCCCUUCACAUCCUCCACUCUGUUUGUUGGAUACCUUCUUGGAUCCCUGAUCUCGGGCCAGCUCUCAGACAGGUUCGGGAGGAAAAAGGUGGUCUUCAUCUCUCUGGCUGCUCAGGCUUUGGCUGUCCUGCUCCAGUCCUUCUCCUAUUCGUGGAAGAUGUUCUGUGUCAUGUUUCUUUUCGUCGGCGCCUCCCAGAUUUCCAUCUACAUCUCCGCAUUCGUUCUCGGAACUGAGUUGCUGAGUAAAACCAUGCGCGUGAUCUUCACCACUCUGGGAGCCUUUCUCUUCUACUGCAUGGGCUACAUGACGUUGCCGUGGAUCGCCUACGCCAUCCGAGACUGGAGGACUCUUCUGGCCGUCCUGUCCUCAACGUCUGUCGUCUACAUCCCACUCUGGUGGUUCAUCCCGGAGUCUCCGCGCUGGCUGAUCACUCAGGGGAGAACGGAGGAAGCUGAAGCAAUCGUGAGAGACGCCGCCCGCAGAAAUAAAGUGGAAGCACCGGCUGUUAUCUUCAAAAAAACCGACGAGCAGGAAACGCCCUCCACCAGGAAGUACACGAUGCUGGACAUUUUGAGAUUCCGAAACAUCCGAUGCAUCACGGUGAUGUGCCUCCUGCUGUGGAUGGCCAUCAACAUCGGAUACUUCGGCUUGUCCCUGAACACCUCCAACUUGAGUGGGGACCCCUACAUGAACUGCUUCCUGUCGGCUACCACCGAGGUCCCUGCCUACGUGGUGUCCACCGUGCUCCUGAAGAAAUGCCCGAGAAGAGCUCUGCUGUCCACCUUCCUGGCCCUCGGAGGCGGAGUCCUGCUGCUGGUCCAGUUCAUCUCUGAUGCUCUACAGUGGGUCGCUCUGGCUCUGGUCCUGGCUGGGAAGUUCGGCUUCACCAUGGCGUUCAGCAUCGUCUACAUCUACACGGCCGAGAUUUACCCGACCGUGCUCCGAAACGUCGGCAUGGGCAUGUGCUCGUCCGCCGCUCGGAUCGGCAGCAUCACGGCUCCUUACGUCAUUUACUUGGGCCGGUACAACAGCGCUCUUCCGUACAUGCUGAUGGGCAGCCUCACUCUCGCCUCCAGUGUGGUCAACCUCUUCCUCCCCGAGACCCUCCACCGAGACCUUCCGGAGACAGUGGAGCAGAUGCAGGAGUGUCGCGGGCUGUGCACCGGGCCCAAAAAGAGGAAAUACAUGGACAACGGAAGCAUCAACCCGUCGCUGCAACGUGAGAGCGACGUGGAAAAAUUAGCACCUUAGACAAACUUGUCAGCAUGAAAAGGCUAUGGAAUUUUUCCCCCCUUUUUUUUAAAAAAUAUUUCAAGCUGCCCAAGUGUUUGGAUAUCCAGACUCCCUUUUAUAACAAUGAAUUUUAAGGAACUCUUUUCAAGUGUCAAGUGAAGAAAUAAAAGUUUU